AAACCAGAGUGCUCCUCUCGGUGAGCGGACACACAUAAUGGAUGAUGGCAACCCGACGGGCCCAUCUACCAAUAUCUCUCGACGCACCUACGGCAGACACUGGUCGUGAGCUCUUUGAAGGCUGCAGAAACGGUGAUGUGACCCGUGUGAAGAAGCUGGUUACGCCACACAAUGUCAACUCGAGGGAUACGACAGGAAGGAAGUCGACCCCUCUUCACUUUGCUGCUGGAUUUGGGCGGCGAGAUGUGGUUGAACAUCUUCUACAAAAUGGGGCCAAUGUUCAUGCCAAGGACGAUGGUGGCCUGAUUCCCUUGCACAAUGCCUGCUCCUUUGGCCACGCAGAAGUAGUCCAGCUCCUUCUGAAGCAUGCUGCUGAUCCCAAUGCAAGGGAUAACUGGAACUAUACUCCACUGCACGAAGCAGCAAUCAAAGGAAAGGUUGACGUGUGCAUAGUGCUUCUGCAGCAUGGGGCAGAUGCAUCUAUCCGCAACACGGAUGGAAAGAUUCCACUGGACCUGGCCGACCCAUCGACUCGUAGUGUGCUCACAGGGGACUACAGAAAGGAUGAGCUGCUAGAGUCUGCUCGUAGUGGCAAUGAGGAGAAGCUCCUAUCACUGCUCACAUCCAUCAAUGUCAAUUGCCAUGCCAGCGAUGGUCGCAAGUCUACUCCACUGCACCUUGCAGCAGGCUACAACAGAGUGCGGAUUGUCCAGCUCCUUCUGCAGCAUGGGGCUGAUGUUCAUGCCAAAGAUAAGGGUGGCUUGGUACCCUUGCACAAUGCGUGUUCCUACGGUCAUUUUGAAGUGACGGAGAUGUUGAUAAAGCACGGGGCCAAUGUGAAUGCCAUGGACCUGUGGCAGUUCACACCACUGCACGAAGCAGCCUCCAAGAGUCGAGCUGAGGUGUGCUCACUACUACUGGCACACGGAGCUGACCCUGGUCUGCUCAACUGCCACUCCAAGAGCCCAAUCAUGGUAGCUCCUUCCCGUGAUCUCCAGGACCGCAUGCUUUAUGAGUACAAAGGCCAUGCACUACUGGAUGCAGCUCGGCAGGCUGACCUAGCUCGCAUCAAGAAGUACAGCACCCCGGAUGUAGCCAACUUCAAGCAUCCGUUCACAGGAGACACAUCAUUGCAUAUGGUUGCAGUUUCUCCAUUUCCCAAGCGCAAGCAGGCAAUAGAAUUGCUUCUCCGGAAGAAUGCUAACAUCAACGAAAAGAAUGAAGAGUACUUAACGCCACUGCAUCUAGCAGCCAGCAAAUCUCAUCUAGAUGUUGUGGACAUCCUGAUCAAAAAUGGGGCAAAGGUGAAUGCACUGGAUAGCUUGGGCCAGACUGCACUGCAUCGGUGUUCUCGAGAAGGAAAUGUGCAAGCUUGCCGCUUGCUCCUGUCGGCUGGGGCUGACCCUGGCAUAGUGAGUGGCCAAGGCUAUACGGCAUCACAGUUGGCCAGUGAUGCUGUGCAGCAGCUUUUGCAUGAGCCUCAGCACAGCAGUGGAGAUGCAGAGUUCCAGCUGCUUGAAGCAGCAAAAGCAGGAGACCUGGACAUUGUGAAGAAGUUGAUAUCAUCCCAUGUGGACAUAGUGAACUGCAGAGACGUGGAUGGACGACAGUCAACACCAUUGCACUUUGCAGCAGGGUACAAUCGUGUGGCAGUGGUUGAAUUCUUGCUUCAGCAUGGUGCUGAUGUUCAUGCCAAAGACAAAGGGGGCUUGGUACCUUUGCAUAAUGCUUGCUCCUAUGGCCAUUAUGAAGUAGCUGACCUCUUGGUGAAGCAUGGGGCCAGUGUAAAUGUAUCUGAUCUCUGGAAGUUCACACCACUCCACGAAGCAACUGCAAAAGGGAAAUAUGACAUCGUCAAGCUGUUGCUUAAGCAUGGAGCUGACCCAAGCAAGAAGAACCGUGACGGCAACACACCCCUUGAUUUAGUCAAAGAUGGGGACCAAGAUGUUGCGGAUCUUCUCAAAGGUGACGCCGCACUUUUAGAUGCUGCGAAGAAGGGCAAUCUUGCAAGGGUCAUGAAGCUGGUGACUACUGAAAAUAUUAAUUGUAGGGACUCUCAAGGCAGAAAUUCAACACCACUGCAUUUGGCGGCUGGAUACAACAACCUAGAAGUUGCAGAGCUGCUUCUUGAAAAUGGUGCAGAUGUGAAUGCACAAGACAAGGGUGGCCUCAUCCCACUUCAUAAUGCAUCAUCAUAUGGGCAUUUGGACAUAGCAGCCUUGUUGAUAAAGUACAGUACUGUGGUGAAUGCUACUGACCGGUGGGGUUUUACACCACUGCAUGAGGCUGCACAGAAGGGUCGGACACAGCUCUGUGCAUUGUUGCUGGCGCAUGGUGCGGACUCAACAAUGAAGAACCACGAAGGUCAGACACCUCUGGACAUUGCAGCAGCAGAAGACGUGCGCUGCCUGCUGACGGACGCCAUGCCUCCGCAUGCCCUUCCUCCUUCGGCUAAAGCAUCAACAGUUCAGCCGCAAUGUCCUUCCAACAUGCUAGGAGCAAGUCCACUGUCGGCAUUGUCAUUGGAAGCAUUGGAAGCUGAAAUCCCUGCUGCCAUGAGCCUGCUGUCGACACAGCGUGCUGGUCAUGUUCGAGAGGGCUCAGCAGCCAGUGAAGGGGCUGCUCCUUUGGCCGAACUGGCGACACAAAACAAAGAAUUCAUGCAGUUUCUCACUAGCAUUGGCCUGGGGCAUCUUUGCGAGCUUUUUCAGAAGGAGAUGAUUACAAUUGACAUUCUGGCUGAGAUGGGUCACGAAGAACUGAAGCAGAUAGGAGUCUCUGCUUAUGGCCAUCGACACAAGUUGAUGAAGGGGAUUGAAAAGUUACUCACAGGUCGAGCAAUCUCGUCAACACUUAUGCCCAACACAACUGGAACUGUCUUAGUGGACCUGUCGCCUGAUGAUAAAGAGUACAUGGCUGUAGAAGAAGAGCUUCAAGCCACCAUCCGUGAACAUAGGGACAAUGGAUAUGCUGGUGGGAUUUUCAUGCGCUACAACAUCAUCAAGAUUCAGAAAGUUCGCAAUCGGAAACUUCUGGAACGCUACUGUCAUCGGAGGAAGGAAGUCGCUGAGGAAAACCACAACCAGUCCAAUGAGCGCAUGUUGUUUCAUGGCUCACCAUUUAUCAACGCCAUUGUCCAGAAGGGGUUUGAUGAACGCCACGCCUACAUUGGUGGCAUGUUUGGAGCUGGCAUUUAUUUUGCAGAAAACUCAUCCAAAAGCAACCAGUAUGUCUAUGGCACCUGUGGAGGAACGGGCUGCCCAAUACACAAGGAUCGUUCCUGCUACAUCUGCCACAGGCAAAUGCUGUUGUGUCGUGUGACACUAGGAAAGUCAUUCCUGCAGUUCAGUGCCAUGAAGAUGGCGCAUGCUCCACCUGGCCACCAUUCAGUCAUUGGGCGGCCCAGUGUAGGUGGCCUCUCCUACCCCGAGUAUGUGGUCUACCGUGGUGAGCAGGCAUACCCGGAGUACCUGAUAUCCUACCAGAUUGAAAAACCUCAGGAUCAUGUUGUUCCGAGUUCAUAACAAGGUCUGCUCCUGGAAAAGGAUGCAUGUGAUGGAUUCCAUGUCUUUGACAUUGCAGUGGCCACAGUAGAUGACAAAUUAUUGUUUGCAUGUGUUCAGUCGCCAGCUGCCAGUUUUUUCUUUUGCAUGUAUAUGUGAGUUUGUGUAUGAAGGGGGUGGUUCUGUGCUUAAGCAAAAGUAGCCCUAUCUAUAACAAAAUGCAGGCACUCUGAAGAAGGUUCAUUGUAAAUAGCAAGUGCUAGAAAGAGAAUUGUAAUGUGAACAUAGCAUUUUAAAAACUAGGGAAAGCCUUAAGUAACUGAAUCCAUGUUAGGCAUUGUUGGCCUUUUUCAGCAGAGUGGUAGGCCAAAAUGCAAUGCAGGUGUUAGGGUGAUAAAAGUAUCUUAUUUUGUGGGGUUUGUCCAAAGCAGCUCAUUGCAAUGAAAUGGAUGUAAUGUGAUAGUGUAUAUUUCCUUGUGUACAAAUUUUAUUGUAUGUGCAAGUGCAUCCUUUUCUAGAGUUUAUUGUUUGUGACCUGUCUGCUAUUUAUAGGCCUGUUUUUAGUUGCCCAUUGUUCACCUUGCAUAGAUGGGAGAUAUUGCAUGUAUAAGAUUUUUUUUUUAGAUAUUUGCUAUGAUACAAACUGCUUACUGUGUGAAUGGUUUGUAUUAUCUUAGAUCACUGUACAGUCGAACCCGGGUAUAUCGAACUCGCCAAAAAACGUUUAUUAGUUCGAUAUAUGGCAUAAUUCGAUAUAGGCCCGCUAUAGGAUUUUGACACAAAGGCACAUAACAAUAAGAAAAGUACUUUAUUAAUAUGGUGGCUUACUUGCGUGCCCUACUUUGGAACAAAAUAGUCCUGGAUUUUCUUCUGUGUCAACGACUUCGCUGCCUGCGACAGCACACAUGCCUCCACGUUGUCCAACGAGUCGGAGCAGCUGAGGCUGCAACCUUCCACAUUCACGCAAUAGCGCCGGACCAACGCAAGUGCACUAAUCACUUCGGAGGAUGUAGGCAAUGGGCCAUCGUCAAUUUCCUUAUUGUUGUCGCUUUGGCUCGUGGUCGGCACGACGUCUGCAACGUAGUCCUCAUCUUGUAGCUCACCCAUGAUGGCGAAAUCAUCGUCCGCACUGACGAACUCGUCGAAUGUCGAUAGCUCCCGGGAACUCUGCCAGCUCGCUCCAAACUUCGGCGGAAACACCUGCGGUGUUUUCAGUGCUGUCAUCGGAAUUUGGGGUGUCAUCACCAGGCAUGCGGAAGCCGGCACGCCCAAAGCAGUUCUGGAUCGUCUCCUUCGUGGCAUCUGCCCACAAUCUACUCAACAUAGAAAGAGCUCCGAGCAAGUCGAUCUUAAGCUCCCUGCCGACACGAAGGUUCACAGAGCACCAACAGGCAACACCACCAGCACGGACCACGCUGAAUGAGGACUCGAGGAAAACAGGCAGCAGCAGGCACACAAGCAUAAAGAAAGAAAAAAUGGCGCUCACUUCUACCGCCUCUGUACCUCGGAAAAAGCACGACGGCCUCUGAUUGGCUGUAAGCGCUGCAAGCGGGCCAGGAUCAUUUCUUGCAGGGGGGUGUUCGCCCGUGCGCAACCGGGUCUAAACCACUUUUUCUAGGGUGGCGCCGGCAGUUUUCCCCGCCACCGCGAGGGAAAGCCAACUUGCUGGGGCACUUUUGAGGCACAUGGAGUUUGAUAUAUCGGUUGUCGUUGCUAUUUUCGUUCGAUGUAACAGUAACUUUUGCUAUAUAUUCUCAAUGUAAAUUUACCGUGUUUAGAAAUUGUUCGAUAUACGGGAUAAUUUGAUAUAAACGGGUUCGAUAUAGUCGGGCUCGACUGUAUAGGCUCUUGUAAUAGCCACGCUGUCCACUCUUAAAAAAUUGUGUGUGUGUCUGGUGGGGGGGGGGGGGGGCUUUGCUUGUGUAGUUGUGUGCUUUAAGCAUAGUAUAUGAAAGGUAGUGUUCAGUUGCAUAGUAAGGGUACAGACUUUCCUUAUUGGUAAUCAGCCACUCUAAACAGUACGAAUGCACUUAUUAUUGCAGGCCAAGUAGUCAGUGGCUACUCGAGCCACGAAAACGAUCAGACAAAACUGUGUGAAAGUAUAUGUUACCUUCAGGCACAAAUUAUGAUGGACUGUUGAUGAAUGUGUCAGACUUAAAAUAAUUUAUUACAAAGUGCUUAUUGCAACAAAGCUAAGGUUGUAUGAUAUUGCUUUGUUCUUAUUCUAGUGAGCCAUGGUAAUUAUGGAGUAAUGAAAUGUUUAUAUAUUGUGCAGUCAAUCUUCUUUGCAUUUUUGCAUAAUAAUAAUUUGCAUUAAGAAAAAGAUGAAAACAUCAUUUGCUAUUACUGACAAUAGUAGCAUGUCAAACAUCCCAUCGAAUAUGUUACUGUCUACCAAAGUUGUCAUUUUUAGGAAUACAAUGCAAAUUAAUGCAUAUUGAAUAUGGAAAGGGUUAAAUAGCUUAAAGACUGAUGCGUUUUCUUUGCAAUUACUGGUUAAGACUUGCAAAAACUAAUUGCGUUGACAAAUGUGUGCAUGGCACUUGAAGGGGACAUGAGAGGCACUUCCUAGUUAAAAGCAAAAUCUUGCCAAUAUCUUAAAAAGGUUUAAUUAGCUGAAUUUUCAAAGAUUGCCCAUGUCAUAUAGAUUGUACUCCUUCAGCCAGAUUACUCUCAGAAGCACGCAUUAUUUGCACAAGGAUCAAAAUGAAUAUAUGACUUAGUAACAAUUUGCUGAUUAGGUUUUGUUGCGGUUACUUUGUCACGCAUUUGUAUUGCAGGUUACAAAUGGUAGGUGGUGUAUUCGAGAAUCUUAUUCACUUAAAAGAAGCAUGCCUUCAAGGAUCUUACUUAGAAGAAGCUUUGAGGAUGAUACCAGUCUCGCGAUCCACAUUGCCAAUGUUUCCAACGAAACGCAUUAGUGUUCCAGCAAGUUUUGAGCUAGUGCAUAAGAAGGCAUCUUGUUAAAGGGAUACUGAACGAAAUUUUUGCCGCCGAGAUUUUCAGUCAGACUGAAAGAAUGGAUGCUGAAAUUGGCAGACACAACCUUCAUUCCACACAGAAACUAGCGGAAAAUAACGAAUUUAAUGCAUUUUUCACAAACCGCCGCCUAGCGGCCGCACCAUGAACUAGAGGAGGUAACAUUUGGUGACGUUUUAUGUACCCGAAACGGGCAUGCCAACAAUGCCAGCAGUCGCCCACGUCUCUGAACCCGCUCAGCCCCCACUGCAGUUCCUAGGUCCACUAGGAACAGCAGCAAACAAUGCUCCCAGGUGGGAUAAAGCCCCGAAAGAUGGGGGCACGUCUGAGCACCUUUGUGGAAGGGGGAGAGUUGGGCGUAAAGGAGAGGUGGAGAAAGGGAACUAGCAGGACAGGAACAUGUGCACCCUGCAUCCACUGCGGCGUCAAGUGACGUCACGGCUCUCGCUAGCGUGUAGCUACCGCGCACUGACAAUCCUCCAAAAAUACAGCCAACUGUUCAAAAAUGUGUGAAAUAAACUCUGUUUAUUGGAACAGUCAUGUCUUCCAAGUAGAAUUUCGAUCUUUUCGUCAUUUUUUCUGAUUUUUGAUUAAGGAAGUUGAACAUCAGUGCAUUUUUACUGCAAGAUUGACAGCCCUUACCUCAAAACUUGUGCUAGCUUCAAGAUUCAUUUCGUCCUCUCCCUUCAAAACAACUUCAAGAAAGUUGGGUCUCGUGUUAACCAUUGCAGCUGGAGUUGCCAUGUAAGCUUCUGUUAAGUGUGUCAGCAAUGGUAAGCUCCAAUUU